AAAUAGAUAUACCUGGAAGUAAUAAUGGCAGCAGCAACUGUUAGUUCCCUCUUGAAAACACCGUCAACUGAGGCACAGUUGGAUUUGGUGUGCGAUGAAUGUGUUUAUUAUGACAGUUGUCUGACGCCAGCUGGUGACGAAGCUGCUGAGAUAUUUAUCGAUAACAGCACGCCAACUGUGCAAGAGGAUGAUGAAGAAGAGGAAGUAGACGACGAGUUGGAGCAGCCAAAUGUCUUGGCAAGCUCAGCAGAGUUACAGGCCGAAUUCGAUACCGAAGAGCCCGAAUCAACAACAUCCACAAGUACAAAAGCCGAUACAAAUAGCGAUAACGAUCCAAGUAUCGAUAACGAUUGUGAGAUCAAUGGCAAAAUGACUGUUUUGCUCGACUUUCCAACAGACGCCGCCACGGAACAAACAUCCAAGGAGACAAAACAAUUUGUUGAUAACGAAGCUCAGAGGGCUUUCGAUGUUUUUACCUUCAACAAUGACAAUGUGGACGUUGAGAUGGCCAGGCUAACGAAUCUGGCACUCAAAAUGGGCUAUGCGCGAAUUAUCGAUUAUGAGAACCUACGCAUUAUCGAGCAUGUUAUCGAAAGCGACGAUGACGAUGAGGCGGAGGCGGAAAGUGCGGAGGCACAGCAAACGACAUCGGAGGAAUUGCAGCAGGCUUGCAAAGAUUUGGUCGCUUUCAUCGAUGAAAGCUAUCAGCUAAUCGAUAAAUCAGGCGUUAAAGUGGUUGGCGAGCUGCCAACGGCUCACAGCAUCGUUGACAGCAACAACAAUCGGAGCGGAACGAGCGGCCAGGCGAGUGCUAAAGCAGCGCGCAAGGCGUCGACAAAUCAAGCCCAUUGCAGCAGCACAGAGCCAGAGCCAGAGCAGGAGCAGGAGCAGGAGACGGAGCCAGAGCAGGAGCCGGAGUCAGAGCCAGAGCCAACGGCUCAUAGCAGCGCUUUGGUCAAGGCGUAUCAGUCGAAUCUAACGCCACUGGCGCCGCCCUUUCAGCCCGCCGCUCUGAGAGCCAAGCCACAGAAACCAAUUGCCUCAAGCAACUGCAACAGCAACAGCAACAGCAACAACAGCAGCAGCACAUAUGCUGGCUAUGAGCAAGCUGCAGUUUUCUAUCAACAACAUGCACUGAGCCUGCCGCAGCAGCAACACCAGCAGCAGCAACACCAGCAGCAACAGUUGUCGCCCAAGCAGCAACAGCAGGCGCAUUGCAGCCAGCACAGGGGCAUGCCGCACAUACAUCUGCAAUCGAGCAAUGGCCCCCAGCUGUUGCCGGUGCAAUUAAUUACGCUGACACCGACACCUACAGCAGCGGGAGCAACAGUGGCAACAACAGCACCAACUGCUGCUGCUGCUGCUGCUGCGGCUGCAGCCGGCAGCGGCGCCUGGCCACUUGUGGAGGCGCCCAUCUAUAUGGACAUCAAUGGAGAGUAUCGCAGCUAUUGUCCAGCUCAUGGACCGCCAGCAUUGGCAGCAGCAGCAGCAGCGGCGGCAGCUGUAGGCAAUGGCCAGCCAUUGCUCACGCAUCAGCAUCAACUGCACCAUCAGCAGCAGCAGCAACAGCAGCAGCAACAGAAGCUCGUUGUGACAAAUGUUAAUGGAAAUAUUGGCCAAGCAGCCGCAGCAGCAGCAGCAGCAACGCCUCAAUUGCUACUGCAGUUGGAUGCUGCAAUACAGCAGCAACACAGGCAAUCACAGCAGCAGCAACAACAACAACAACAACAACAUCACAUACAGCUACCGCCAGCAAUUGCUGCCACUGCUGCUGGCAGUAAGCGCAGUAAACUCUACCGAGGUCCAACGGCCGUGCAAAUGGUCUCCCACAACCGGCAGCCGCCGACGAUGACGAUGCCUGUGCAGGUGCCACCCUAUGUCAAUGAGAACGGAACUCUGACCCAUGUGGUGCUGCCACCGCAGCAAUACCAGCAACUGCACACCGGUCAGGGACAUCUGCAUGCAGCACCAUUUAUAAGCAGUAAUGGUACAUCGCAUUUCUAUACGCCGCUGCCGGGCUAUCCGCCCGGGCCAGGACCAACGGGCAACGGGCCACCGCAUUAUCAUAUGGCGCCGCCACCGCCCCCGCAGCAGCAGCAGCAGACGGGCGCCCAACAGCAAGGCACGGCGACCGCUGGCGGAGCGCCGCCAACGUCACACUUACAUUCCCCGCACUCGCCAUCGCCGCCCAACUACAGAGAUGAGCGCAGCCAGCGACAGCAUACGAAGCUGCUGCGAAAGCUGGAGAAGCAGCGUGAGCUGAACUCCAGCAUGUCCACGCCCACGCACUCGCCCUCUCCGCGUCGCAAUGACAUCAAUGGGCAUUACAACAACAACAGCGGCAACAACAACAUUCCAGUAGCACAGCAACACCAGCACAACAACCACAUGCAUAGCCAUGUGCGUGGACGCCACUUGGCGCUUCAGCAGCCGCAACCGGCGCUGCAGCAGCAGCGCAACGCUGUCAUCGCUAGCACCGCAGCUGGACAGCAGUUGGCCGCACCCACGCGCAGCAGUGCGGGCGGUGCGAACUCAGUGGGCACGUCAGAGGAUGGCGAGGACACGUCCAGUGUGGCCGCCGAGGAUGAGGAGGACUACCAGGCCCAAAUCGUCGAACAGAUCUCGGCCAUCGACAGGCCAGAGGUGAUCGAUGUGAGUUCGCGUGCCGCGAAGAUCAUUUGGGUGCCGCCAACCAUAACGGAUGCGCUGCUGGUGAACGUGCAGGAUCUGCGCUACCAAGUGCUGCUCAGCGACACGGGCAAACAGUGCAAAUACAAGAGCCUGUACCGGGGCGAGGCGUACGAGUGCAUUGUGCAGGAUCUGCAGCCGGGGCAGGAGUACUUGGUGCGGCUGCAGGUGCACUACCAGCAGCUGCAGGGCAGCGUUAGCGAACCCACCGAGUUCAAAACGCCAGCCUGUGAGCCCGACCAGCCGCUGCCCCCCAAGCUGGUGUCGCGCACCAGGAGCUCGAUAAAUCUGCGCUGGACGGCGCCGGCUGCCAACGGUGCGCCCAUUCAAUAUUAUCUGCUGGACUAUGACGAGGGGCGUGGCAAUGCGCUGCAGUUCACGGAGCUGGCCAAAACCAAGGCGAAGCACUACACGCUCAACAAGCUGCAGUCGACCACAGUCUAUAGUUUUCGCCUGGCUGCCGUCAAUGAGAUCGGCCAGUCGGCCUACUCGCAGGUGAGCAGCUACAGCACAGCCGGCAAUCCGCCCACAGCGCCGAUGCCGCCGCAGCUGCAGGCCUGCACCGCCAGCUCGCUGCAGCUCGUCUGGGAGCGGCGAUCACAGGACGGCGACUUUCUGCUGCAGCUGCAGGAUGCUGAGUCCGGACACGGUUACCUGAACAGCUACAAGGGUGGCGAGACCCGUUACGAGUGCCUGCAACUGCGACGCGCCACCAACUAUCAGUUCCGCUUGCGCACGGAGAAUGAUGCUGGUGUUUCGCCCUGGUCCGCGGAGGUUACCUACUGCACGGCAGCGGAGCGGCCCGGCCGGCCGGGCAAGCCGCAUGCCAAGGGCAAGAUACACGGCACACAUUUCAAGGCGCGCUGGGAGCCGCCGUCAGACACCGGUGGCUCGGAUAUCCUGCGCUACCACCUGGAGCUCAGCGCGGGACCCAGCUUCGAGCGCAUUUACACUGGCAGCGAAACGGAGGCGAUGUGUGAGCGGCUGCAGCCGGGCACCACCUAUCAGUUGCGUGUCUGCUGCGAGGGGCCUGCCGGGCAGAGUCCGUUCUCGGAGAUCGGGCAUGUGACCACAGAGGCAGUGCCGCCAGCCGCACCACCCCAGCCCCAUUGCGAUGCACCACCAACGCCUUACGCAGCGCUGUUGCGGCUCACCCAGCCGGAGAACAACGGCGGUGCGCCGGUUCUGGAAUUUGAGGCGCAGCUACGUUGCCUCAAUGCAUCGGAGCCCUCGCAGCCACAAAUCGUAUAUCGCGGCAAGCAAGACUACUUUGUGGCCCAGCAGCUGGCGCCGGGUGGCGUCUAUGAGGCACAGGUGCGUGCCAUCAAUCGCAUUGGCGCCGGAAGCUGGUCGCCGUGGCUGCGCUUCGAAGCGGCCGCCGCACCGCCCAGUGCGCCCACUGACCUGGAAGUUGUGGUCAAGUCGGCGACCCAUCUGAGCGUCACCUGGAAACCGCCGGCGCAGCUGAACGGUGCGGCUGUCAGUGGCUAUAGCCUGCAGAGCGCCAGCCAGCAGCUGGACGAGCCGCAGGCUGAGCCGCCCAGCACCCAGUUCCAUGGCUGCUACCAGGGCCCCCAGACGCUAGUGGAGCUGCGCAAUCUGACGCCCUAUACACGGUAUUACCUACGCGUGCUGGCCAGCAAUGCGGCGGGCGCUGGGCCCGUAACGGAUGCUGUGUGCGUAUCGACGCCCGCCGCUGUGCCCGGCGCUCCGCAGAUGUUGGGCUACGAGUUCACCUCGCAGGAAGUCACCUUGAACUGGACAACGCCGGCGUCCCAUGGCGCCGACAUCAGCAACUACAACAUUGAAUACGGCGAACGGACAAUCGCUACACCGGACGCCUGUACGCGCUACACAGUGAGCGGCCUCACGCCCGAGACAAGCUACAAGUUCCGGGUGCAGGCGGUAAAUGCGAUAGGCAGUGGACUCUUCAGUACCUACGUCAAGCUAACGACGCAGCCGGCACCGCCAGCACCACCGCGGCUCGAGUGCAGCGGCUCUGGGCACAACUAUCUGAAGCUCAAAUGGGGCGACAGCGGCAAGACGGGCUCCGUUUCGACGCUCUCGUCCGGUGCACUCAGCGGCAGCAAUGCGGACUUUACCAAGUACUAUGUGGAGAUGUAUGUGGCCAGGGCGAAGCAAUUCCAGACUGUCUACUCCGGCACGAACUGCAUGUGCAAGAUACACAAGCUGCAGGAGCGCAGCAGCUACACAUUCCGCAUCUAUGCGCAUACGGACCGGGCCGGGGACGGUGAGUACUCGGAGGAGUAUGUGUUCGAGACGGGCGCCACGCUGCCGGCCAAUAUCAAGGCGCCGCGAGUGCUGCACGAGGGCGUCUGCCUGCUGGACCAGGCCGGCCAGCCGCUGGUGCAGCUCACUCUCGAGUGGCAGCACUCGAAGAACAGCUUCAGCGACCGUGUCGAGUAUGAGCUGCAGUACGCCAUCGUCGCCUCCGAUGCGGACAGUUCCAGCUCGUCCAAGGCGCGCAGUGCUAGUGGCAACAGCAGCAGCGCCAACACCAACACCAGUGCAGCACCCGUGGCGCUAAGCAACCUGGAUUACCGACAGCUGUACCGUGGACCAGAGACCAAGUUUACCAUAGACAAUCUUGUGCCGGGCACCUGCUACCAGUUUCGGGUGUGUCCGGUGCGUGUCACCAGCAGUGGCGAGUUGUUCCCGGGCCAGACGUCAGCGGCGCUGCGUUAUCAAGUGCCCAAGGAGCUGGACGCCAGCACGGCACCCUGCCACCAUCUGCACGGAUCGGCAAUGGUGCCCAGCCAGACGACGCAGCGGGCUAGCCGCAAGCAGUCGGAAACGAACAGCGUGCACAUGCGUUCGGUAAGUGCCUCGGCGAUUAGCGGCAAUAGUGGAGUUGGAGCUGAUGCCCAGGCGAUUGGGCGAUUGCAGCAUGAGCUGGCUGCAGCCAACUUCAAUGCUUGUGGCGAUCCGCUGCAUCAUCAUCACCAUCAUCAUCAUCACCACCAUCAGCCGCAUCAGGCGUGCCCCGGGGAGCCGGUGGGCUCGUCUGGUCUGGCUGGUCCAGCGGCGUCUACCUUGCAGCUGCGCGGCAACAGCAGCGGUGCUCAUCAUCUGCACCAUCAGCAUCAUCUGCACCACUCACACCACAUGCAUCAUUCGCACUUGCCGCAUGCCACCGCUGGCGUCAUGGGCUCCACAGCUAGCAGCAACGGCCACAGCAGCGGCAGCAGCAGCAGCAACUACAUCUUGCCCCACGGCGGCAUGAUCAGACGCUUCGUCUCCAGGCUGAUGGCGCUCUACUACAAUAGAAAGCGGCUGACGGACCAACAGAAGGCCGUCUUCUUUGUGGUUUCAUUUGUAUUUGUGACCUUCCUAGUGGCGAUGCUGGUGCACAUGCUCUGUGGCUGAUUUGGCGAUCGAUCGUCACACACAAAAAAUCACGUGUCUCAAAAAAGUGAUUGCAAAUCACUCGCAUUUGUUUUUUCUUAUUAUUAUCAUUAUUAUUAUUAUUAUCAUUUUUAUAUGUAUAUGAAAUCGAUUGUACAUCUCCUAAAUCUCUAUAUAUAUAUAUGUAAGAAGGCAACAGUAAUCCCACACACUUCACAAACAAUUCCUUAAACAACACCAACAAUAUUAUAUACAGUAUAUCUAUACAAUGAACAUUCUUAAGAACUCUUUAUUUACAAGUUCACAUAGAUUGUUAUGUGACUAACUACAUGUUUAAUCGAUUACAUUCACACACACAAGCAUAUGUAUACUACACACAAAAAUCUCCAUAUGUGCUAUAGCAUUUUGUGCAACAACCAACUCUCAAUGUACAUACAACUAAACAAACAAACAAAAAGAAAAACAAAAACAACAAAAACAACUAAGCUUAACCUAGAAAUUCUUACAACCUUUACAAGAGCCUCUUUUACUGUUUAUACCGCAUUGUUGUUGAACAUGGAUGUAUGUGUAUGUUAAUGCACUAUAAAUAUUUGAAACGAAAGUUAUAAACAAUGAAUACCGAAAAUUAUGAAUUUAUUAGACUAUGCUCUAUCAUGGUAUAUGAAACUGAUAACAACCACUACUAUAUCUGUCUGUUUGCAAAUGUAUAUGUAACUAUAUAUAUAUAUAUAUAUAUAAAUAUAUAUCUUUAAACUAACGAACUAUGCAAAUAUAUAAAUAACUUUAGUGCUGUACAAUUGUUAUGGGGAGCCAAAAAAAAAAAAA